AUGGAUUUCUCCUUCACCAUGGAUUUCUCCUUCACCACGAUCACUUUGAUGCCCAACCUCCCUCGACGUCUUCUUUUCGAAAUCCCUCCAUAUCUCUAUGACACCUCGUGUUUUGGCAUCGAUAUGGCACACGGGCUCCGAUAUUAUCACAGAGCCAAGUUGCAAGCGCGUUUCAACCAGUCCAUCUGCGUUGACCCGACAUCUGCGACAUUCCGGGCCCUUAAUCUCACCGAAAUACUCGAGAAUAUCAUCUUGCAUGCCAGGACACCUCGCCAACUGUCCUACAAAUGUAUCAGCAAGCGCUGGGAAGAUGUUAUCGACAGCUCGCCGAUGAUAGAACACCGUCUCUGGAGUUUGGACGAAACCAUGACACCUUUCUUCAUACAUGCUGUAUUAGAGCCGAAGGAGCAACUCUCAUUCGAUACUGGGGAUUAACGUUUUAUCACUCCAUCGAGUAUCAGAUAGAGGAGUUUUUCGAUUCCAUGGUUGCGAGCG